GCAGCCCCGUCGUUGUGGGGGGUCGUUUCAUCAUCAGCAGGGCCUAACCACACACGCACAUUAUUACACACACACAUUAUUACACACAUACACACACAUUCAUUAUUACACACACGUUACGUCACCGAGAAUGCCACACAGUGCAUCCGGUGUGGAUGUUUAUCAGAUGGAGAACGCGGCGGAUCCUGAAGCGGAGCCCAUCCGACUGAAAGCGCUCAAAACCGGCAGGAGCUUUACUGUUCCACACACAGAGCGGUUGGGAAACUGCAGGAGUGUGAAAGAGUUCGAGAAGCUGAACCGCAUUGGAGAGGGAACAUAUGGAAUUGUGUACCGAGCCCGUGACACACGCACACAUGAGAUUGUGGCCCUUAAGAAAGUGCGCAUGGAUAAAGAGAAGGAUGGGAUCCCUAUCAGCAGUCUGAGAGAGAUCACGCUGCUCCUCAGGCUCAGACACCCGAACAUCGUGGAGCUGAAGGAGGUGGUGGUGGGGAGCCAGUUAGAGAGUCUGUUCCUGGUGAUGAGUUACUGUGAGCAGGAUUUGGCCAGCCUCCUGGAGAAUAUGCAGUCUCCCUUCUCGGAGGCACAGGUGAAGUGUAUCAUUCUGCAACUGCUCAGGGGUCUGGUGUAUCUUCAUCACAACUUCAUCCUGCACAGGGAUCUGAAGGUGUCCAAUCUGCUGAUGACAGAUAAAGGCUGUGUGAAGAUCGCGGACUUUGGCCUGGCACGUGUGUAUGGUGUCCCUCAACAGCCCAUGACACCUAAAGUAGUGACACUGUGGUACAGAGCACCUGAGCUCCUGCUGGGCAGCAAGUCACAGACCACUACACUGGACAUGUGGGCAGUGGGAUGUAUCCUGGCUGAACUCCUGGCCCAUAAGCCCCUGUUGCCGGGCAGCUCAGAGAUCCAACAGCUGGAUCUGAUUGUGCAGCUGUUGGGAACACCGAAUGAGAACAUCUGGCCGGGCUUCUCGCGGCUCCCCCUGGUCGGUCAGUACAGUUUGAGGAAACAGCCAUACAACAACCUGAAGAAUAAAUUCACCUGGCUGUCAGAGGCUGGACUCCGCCUCCUCAACCUGCUCUUCAUGUACAACCCCCAACGCAGAGCCUCGGCCAAGGACUGUUUGGAGAGCUCGUACUUCAAAGAGAAACCACUGCCAUGUGAGCCAGAGCUCAUGCCCACCUUCCCUCACCAUCGGAACAAACGGGCGGGGCCUGUAUCCGAGAGCCAAUCAAAACGGAGCAAAGCGGGACACUCCCUUGCAUCCUGAUCCUUGACAUCAAAUCAGAAAAGAGCUGUAGCCUUGCAACCAAGAGCCAAUCAAAAUGAAGCACCUCCUUAAUCUUACAGGAAGAGAAGUGUGAUAACAGGCCUUAGAGUUUAGAGACGGGUAACACACGACUGCUCAGGUGUGUGUGUGUGUGUGUGUGUGUGUGUGUGUGUGUGUGUGUGUGUGUGUGUGCCUGAGGAAGAGACCAGGAUCCGUGUGUGUGUGUGUGUGUGUGUGUGUGUGUGUGUGUGUGUGUGUGUGUGUGUGUGUGUGUGUGUGUGUGUGUGUGUGUGUGUGUGUUAUUGAGUAUUAGUGCUGACUGUGUUAACAGAAAUGAUUCAUACACACACAAAUUCACUGCCGAGACCGAAGGUAAAGGAAGUUAGAGGUCAUACAGGUCAUCAGAUAUUAAUCUCUGGUACAUUUGGAUUGUUGUUUUUUAAUAAAAGUGUACAGUGUG